AUGAAGCAAAACUCUCUUGCUAUGUUAGGUCUUUUCUUACUAACACUUCUCCUCGGAAACAUCAAAACAACUGAAGGGUCCUUCGAUACUCCAGCCGGCGGUCUACUAUCUGAUCUCUGGAGAGAUCGGUUUCCGGAUCCUUUCAGAGUUUUGGAGCAAAUCCCAUUAGGUCUCGAGAGAGAUCAGAGCUUGGCUCUGUCUCCAGCGAGAGUGGACUGGAAAGAAAUUCCAGAAGAGCAUGUGAUCAGGCUCGAUGUACCCGGGAUGAAGAAGGAUGAGGUGAAGAUAGAAGUGGAGGAAAAUCGAGUUUUGCGAAUAAGUGGCGAGAGGAAAAGAGAGGAAGAGAAAGAAGGAGAUCAUUGGCAUAGAGUGGAGAGAUCUCAUGGCAAGUUCUGGAGACAAUUUAGGAUGCCUGAUAAUGUGGAUUUGGACACUGUCAAGGCCAAGCUUGAGAACGGUGUGCUCACCAUCACAAUCAAAAAGCUUUCCGCAGACAAAGUCAAGGGUCCAAGAGUUGUUGACAUUGCGUUCCAAGAAGAUCAAACUGGCAAACUCAGUUCUGCUUGA